AGCUUCAAAAUUCCAGCGAGCCUCUCUCACUCCGGAUGUUCCGCAUCCUGAAGCCGAUUUUGCACCAAUUACAGCUUCUGAUAAUGUCAGUGUUUUGUUAGUGUUAGCUGUGUUUGUUGUAGAUCAUUUUAUGAUGAAUAAAGGGAAAGCGAGCGGCGUGUCGUGGAUCAAACCAGCUGAGCCGUCCUUUCUGAAGAAGUUUAAGACUGAUGUGGGAUAUAAAGAAGGACCAAAUGUUGACACCAAGCGUCAGGUUAUGCCCACACUGGAUGAUGACGAUGGCUGUGAUCGGGAAGAUGAACUUCCUCAAGUUGUUGUCUUAAAAAGCGGAGAUCUAACUGCAGAUGAGGUGAAGAAACUCACAGAGGAAAUGCAAGGCAAAAGAGGGAAAGGCGAAGAGGCUCUUUCUGAAGGCAAAAUUCUCUUCAAGAAACCAGCAAAGCGCUCAUCCUCAGACAAGUUUCAGGGCAUCACUGCAAGCUCCAGCAAAAAGAAGAACAACAGCGGAGAGCAGUUGGAAAAGGACAGAAAACUGGUGAAGAAUGUAAAAAAUAACAGCCUGCUUUCAUUUGGAGGCGAAGAAGAGGAAGAGAAUGAGUAACUGUAAGACUGUACCUCUAAGUCUAAAUCACAAGUUUAUCAUUCACAAUGAAUAUAAACCAACAAAUGAGUUUACUUCUAUUUUUGGCUGCACUUGUAUCAGUGUUGACUCAUGAAUUUGAAAACUGUUCAACUACAGCUGAAACUAUUCUGCCUAAAUAAACCACGUACCAAGGUCUA